CCUGAAUAGACUCUGAAAUCGGCUGUGGCUCGAAGACCUAGUUGACGCCCUCCAGCUUCUGCCAAAUCCCGUGCUUCUCCUAUCCAAGCCGCGGGCCUCCUCUCCCGACCAUCCUUUCAAUCGGUCGUUCCCCUCCACCGCUGCUAUUGCUCUCCGCCGGCUAGCUGCCGCGGCUGCUGUUGCUGCUCCCCUGCUCCGCUCACCCGCUGCUUUCCGCCAUGGUAAAGCAGAAGGUCAUAUUGCCGCCGGAGCUGCCUCCGGAAAUCCCCGAGGAAGAAAUCGUCCCCUCCGAGGAAGACGUGGAAUUCUUCACGAAAAAUCGCGGCUACACCCGCUUCGUCUACGGAUUAGACACCCAGACCAUUAGCGAGCUCCUCACUCGGCCUGCUGGCGUAAAAGAAGAUGACCUCGAAGCUUUGUAUGAGAAGAAGCGGAAGAAGGAGGCUGCUAUGCAGCAGAAGGAGAAGGGGAAGGCUGACGUGCAGGUUGACCCCGUGGAUGCUCUUCCUGUCAAGACCUUAGAUGGCAAACUCUAUUAUCGCACUCUGCUGCAAGUGGCAUCAGAUGAAGCUGAGAAUGCUGGAAAUGAAGAUGGAGGUAGUGAGGCAGGUAAAGGUUCCGUUGGGAAGCUGACCAAGGCCGAAAGGAGGGCUAAGCUAAAGAAACUUAAGAAAGAAGCAAAGAAACAGGGGAAGGAGAGUCCUCAACCACAAGCCGCUCAAGAUACCCCCCAAGCGGUGGUGCUGGCUGAGGUGAAAGAAGAGCUUACGGCAGAAGAGGCAUUCGAAAGUAAAAAACGUAAACUUGCAGAGCUUGGUGAUGCGCUGCUUGCAGAUCCUGAGUCCAACAUUAAAUCUCUCAAGGAGCUGUUACACUUCUGCAAGGACGCACAUCAUCGUAUUGUUAUACUUGGGUUGCUAUCCUUGUCGGCUGUGUUCAAAGACAUCAUCCCUGGAUACCGCAUCAGGCUGCCUACUGAGAAGGAACUGGAGAUGAAAGUAUCUAAGGACGUUAAAAAGAUGAGGAAUUAUGAAUCAAAUUUUCUGUCUACAUACAAGGCAUACCUACAAAAGCUGAUGGCACUAGAAAAGGUUCCUUCAUAUCAGCGUACGGUGAUCCGCUGUAUCUGUGUGUUGCUAGAUGCAGCUCCUCACUUCAAUUUUCGUGAGAGUUUGAUUGAAGUGGUUACCAGGAACUUAACUUCCUCAGAUGAUGUCGUAAGGAAACUUUGUUGUGACACUAUUAAGUCGCUAUUUUCCAAUGAGGGAAAGCAUGGCGGUGAAGCAACUGUAGAGGCUGUUCGACUGAUUGCAGAUCUUGUUAAAGCGAAUAAUUGCCAAAUGCCUCCUGAUUCUAUCGAAGUUUUCAUGUGCUUGUCUUUCGAUGAGGAUCUCGGUAGGGCAGAGGCACCAGACAAGGAUAAAAAAGCUAAAAGUAAGAAAAAUAGAAAAGGGAAAAUUUCUGAGACUACAAAACCACAGGACAAUGACAGAAUUAAGAAAAAUAAGAAACAUUUGAUGUCACAGAUGAGGGAUGAGGUUGCUGCUGAUUAUAAAGCAGCUACUUUCACUCCAGAUGUGGCUGAACGUAGGAAAAUGCAGUCAGAGAUGCUAGCUGCAGUGUUUGAAACAUACUUUCGUAUUUUGAAGCAUACCAUGCAGUCAAUUAUGCCCAGGCCAGUGGAGAAUUCUGGUUUAUCAGUUGGUAAAGGAGAGGCCCAUCCACUGCUUGCGCCAUGUUUGAAUGGAUUGGGGAAGUUCUCCCACCUAAUUGACUUAGACUACAUUGGUGAUCUCAUGAAUUACCUGAAAAAGCUUGCAUCUGUCAGUGAUGGUUCGUCAGGACAAUCCUUGACUGUUUCCGAACGACUUAGAUGCUGCAUCAUUGCUUUCAGAUUUAUGAGGAACAACCUCGAUGCCUUGAAUGUGGAUUUACAAGAUUUCUUCGUCCAGCUUUACAACAUCAUACUGGAGUACAGGCCUGGAAGAGAUCAGGGAGAAGUUUUAGCUGAAGCUUUGAAGAUGAUGCUGUGCGAUGAUAGGCAACAUGACAUGCAGAAGGCUGCAGCAUUCAUAAAGCGUUUGGCUACAUUCUCCUUAUGCUUUGGAUCAGCGGAGUCGAUGACUGCUCUGGUCACUUUGAAGCACCUUCUUGUGAAGAAUGCCAAGUGUAGGAUUUUGUUAGAAAAUGAUGCUGGCGGUGGCUCUGUUUCGGGUUCUGUUGCGAAAUAUCAUCCAUUUGCCUCGGACCCUAAUCAGAGUGGUGCGCUAGCUUCAGUUCUGUGGGAGCUUAACCUUCUCUCGAAGCAUUAUCAUCCAGCUAUUUCAAGCCUGGCUUCUGGCAUUUCUAACAUAUGUCAAAACCAGGCCGUUGUCUCCUCGAAUCUCUCUCCUCAGGCGGCAUUCACGGAGCUGUCACUUGAGAGGGUAUCAGCAUUCAAUUAUGGGGGCAACGCAAUCAGGAAGUCAGGCAACAAGAGAAAAAGAGGAGGAUCGGAGGCAUCCCCGGCAAUUCAGGAUGUUACUGAAGAAGGCCUUGUUGAUAAUGAGGAGAGGGUGAGGAGGAAACUCUCCGAUCAUUUUAUGCUCGUUCACAACAUCAAAGAGAAUGAGAGGUUGAGGAGGGAGUUAGAUCGGACUUCGCGGUCCCUCCAGUUAUAUGAGAAGUAUAAGGAGGAGCAGCAGCAACAGAAGAAAAGGCGGAAACGGAAAGCCAAUUGAGCCUGCUUCUUAGAUACAACUUUUUAUGAAGUCAGUUUUGCUGGGCUUAUGUUUUGUCAUUUUUAUCUAACUUCUCAUUUUUGGAAAGGUCAUGGUGGCCUGAACAUUUCGAGCAUACUGAAUUCAACCGAAACGAACCAACAUUAAUUAAUUUAAAUGAUGUCUUAUAAGAA